AUGUCUAAGGAACCAUUACUUUCCGGCCCGGGUGCAAACUCGGCAGCUGCGUUCACUGAUAAGUUUAUCAACCCUCAGAACCAUUUCACAAUAAGAGACUAUUUGGUAUCUCCAGAAACUGGAAGGGGUAGUGUAACGUUUUACAAACAGACGAGAACCAAGUUGCAAUACAUUGUGCUUGUGGGCCUCGGCUUCGCCGGUUUCUAUAAGCUUGAAUGUUCAUCUUUGAGAGCAGCUUCAUUAUCCCUUGUGUUUCCUGGUGCUGGUUAUGUUGCAACACCUUCGGCUUUGAACUGGUCAUUGUUGGGGGCCGCUCUUUUCUUGUUGCCAGUAUCGUUCUUCUGUUGGUUUGCAUCUGGUGCCAUCACCAUUCCAAUUUUGGUGUAUGCCAUUCCUAUUGGUCUUUCUGCCUAUCUAGCCAGGGGCAAGGAAGUCUGGGUAAACGCUCCUUAUGUUGUGGGAGCAUUUUUGGUUGUUUUUUUCUCCAUUGUCACCUUGAUCUCAUCUAGAUUACAAAGUGCAGCUCAAGAGAAAGCCAAGAAGAGAAAUGCCUACUUGCCCAAGCUUAUUCCUGAAUUGUACGAGAAGAAGAGACUUCCAGAAGAUGACCGUGAAAUCGACGUCAAGACCUUGAGGUUCCUUCAGUACUAUAUUGAGUUAGGUUUGCAGGAUGUCGACGACUGGUCCAAUUUCAACGACGUUGAUCAGUUCCAAACUGCUUCUUUGAGAUAUCAAUUGUACGAAAUCGUUUACUCUUUGGCAACAUAUCAAGCCAUCUAUGCUCCCUCCCUUAGAGGUAAAAUCUGUGAGUCAAUGAGAAAUUCUAUUGAAAAGUCAUUGACUUCAAAGGUCAUGGGAUACUGGAAAUGGGAAUCUCUUCUUGGAAAAUGGACUUUAGACUGGGAUCCAAUCAAAAAGGACAACAUCAUGGUAUCUGGUUAUAUUUUGAAGGCUCUUGCUUUGUACACUGGAAAUACUGGUGAUAUGAGAUACACCGAGCCAGACUCUUUGCCAUUCCAAAUCACCAAGAACGCUGUGUACAAGCAUGACAUUCAUUCUAUUAACAAGUAUGUGUUGAGAAACUGGGACGACUCUCAGUUCUGUAUCUACCCAUGUGAACCAAACUGGAACUAUACUGCUUGUAACGUUAUUGCAGCUGCUGGUGCCGUUGGUUAUGACAGAGUUUUCAACCAGAGUAACUUUGACAAGAGACGUGGUAGGUUCUUAAAGCAUCUUAAAGAAGACAUGUGUGACGAGUCCGGUACUCUUUUGCCAAUCAAGUCUACUUUCACCGGUUUCACUAUUCCAGGGAUUCUUGGUCCUGUGGGUGAGUCUGUCAGUGCUGUUGAUACUGCUUUUAUUGACGUCCCAACCUCUGCUAGAGUUUGGAGUGUUAUCAAACAUGAAAACCUCGAAUUCGAUUCGAGCACUGGCAAUUACAAGACGAAGGGUCUUUCAGGUGCUGACUACAUCGAUAUGGGUUCUUACAAGCCCUCCAAUGGUACCGCAUUGCUUACUUUUGCUUUCCUUGCUAGCGAAUAUGGCGACAGUGACAUUGCAGAAAACUUAUUGAAGCAAGUCGACGAAGGAGAAAAUGGAAUAGAAGAAUUGCCAACUGGUUCUUACAGAAACAAGGGUAUUUCUGUCUGGGUUGGUGGUUUUGGUCUUCGUGCUCGUUUGAUUCGUUUCAGAGACUGGACUAACACUGUUGUUAAUGGUCCUCCCAAGCAAUGUGUGAAUGGUCCAGUUUUGGAUGCAUACGAUUUCCAAAACGUAUUGGUUGCAAAGGCUUACUCUAACGGUGAAGACUUGGAUUUGGUGUUGCACAACGGUAGAAGUCCUGGUAACUUCACCUUGAGAUUAGCACAAUUGACACCAGGUUCUACUUACAAGACUUCUACUGGUUCUUCUUUUGUUGCCGACAGUAAUGGUACUGGUAUCAUUUCAGUUAACAUCAAUGGUCGUACUCCAGUUUACGUUGAGAAAGAAAAGGCUUAG